AUGCCGUUCACUCGUACACUUCUGAUCUCGGCUGCGAGCUUUUGCGUAGGUCACAAUAUUACAAGGAAAAUCUUCCAAGCGGCGAUAGCAGACAAGGUUGAUCUAUACAACCUACCAUUCGCCACAACCGCAUUGUCGUCCAUACAGACUAUCUACGAUAAGCUUGACGACUCUGCAAUACCAGCUGCGCUUAUCAAUGCUACCAUAGUCGAUCUGCACUCUCACAUCGUUCCACCAUGGUAUCAUGCCAUCGUCCCAUUGUCAGGCCAGGUCCCGACCCCCAAUUGGACGCUGGCGGAACAUCUGAGCUUCAUGGCGAACAACAGCAUUGGGCACAGUGUGCUGUCCAUCUCGACACCAGGUUCUGUCGUCUUCCCGGGUGAUGAAGCGAAGUCUGCGGCUUUAGCGAGGUUGUUGAACGAGUAUAUGGCUGCUCUUCAGCAUGCUGAUGAGCAAGACCAGAUCGUCUAUAAACUCCCAAAGUACUUCUCGUUCUUCGCCGUCACACCACUACCUUAUACACACAAACAGCCUAAGAUUUUGCAUAGCAUAACGGAAAUAAAUUACGCUACUGCCCACCUCAAAGCCUUCGGCACCGGCCUCCUCUCAAAUCACGAAGGUUACUAUCUCGGCAACCACACCUUCACGCCCCUGUUCAGCCACUUGAACAUCUCGGCCAACAACAAGGUCUUCAUCCACCCAACAGACCCUUGCAUACAUGAUCCGCAGAAUAGUAGUCAACUCCUCUCGGCCAACCCGUCACCAUAUCCUUCCGGUCUCAUAGAGUACUACUUCGAGACCGCCCGCACACUUGCCGACCUGACAGUCACCCAGACGAUCCUGAACUUCACGAACCUGCAAUGGAUCGUCCCUCACGGCGGUGGUGCAUUUCCAGCUGUAGAAGACAGAUUCAUUACUUCGCAGCCCCCAGCUGUGCAAGCAGGGAGUAGAGCGGCGUAUGCUUCGCGCUGUUUCUGGGACGUGGCAGGACCAGUGUUCCCGCACCAAGUGCUGGGUCUGCUGGGAUAUGGGGUUCCUACUAAGCGGCUGGUUUAUGGAUCGGACUUCCCAUACGCGCCGAGCUUCACGUACGCCGCCGAGAUUGCAGCGGUCAGGAACUCGUCGUUGCUGUCCGCGGAGGAGAAGAUAGGGUUGUUUGCUGGCAACAGCGUCAUUUAA